CUGAAGAAACGUACUAUGUUCAAUGCUAAACAAACAUCCAGUUGUCUCUUGACGUCACAACCUUCGACCGGAAAUUUCCACACUAAUUCUGGGUCUUCGGCAACAUCUGCAAGCGGUACCGGGAGUUCUGACUCCGGGCAGCGGCAGAGGACCCGUCGGAAGCCGCGUGUACUGUUCUCACAAGCCCAGGUAUACGAGUUGGAGCGGCGUUUCAAGCAGCAGCGGUACCUGUCGGCUCCGGAGCGCGAGCAGCUUGCAAGUCUUUUGAAGCUUACGUCCACUCAAGUUAAAAUUUGGUUCCAGAACCGCCGAUACAAGUGCAAACGGCAACGACAGGAUAAGAGUCUCGAGCUGACAGCCGCUAACAUGCACCCUCCCCGACGAGUCGCUGUUCCGGUGCUUGUGCGGGAUGGAAAGCCUUGUCCGGCACCGCCGUACUCGGUCUCCACUAGCUGUAACGUCAGUCCCUAUACUCCAUCCGCGAGCGGCUAUCCUAAUCCAUCGUACAACCAGAUUGGCAACGGGUUGCCGCAAAACGGUGUUCUAGGCGGCGGACCGGGGGGACCGGCGCCUGGUUAUAUGAACAUGUGCAUGGGUCAGCCGGGUGGUCACCAGGGACCGACCGUACAUGCAGCCCAGGGGCUGCGACCGCACUGGUGAACAUCUUCGGAACGGAACAUCCGUAGAUGAGGCGUUGGUGGACUUCAACAAAACGUGGCACAGUAUAGGCAGAGAGCCGAACUCGUGAAAUGUGUUUGUUCAGAAUGUUUGCUUAUGAAACAGACAUAUACGAAGGAAGAUCAGCGGUGUAUUUGGCCAUCACGUAUACUUGUACGGAUUACUGCUUCAUCUGGCUGGCUGAGGAUGAAGAUCUUGCUCUAACACUAUACGUAAGCGAGAGAAAAAAAAAGUCGUUAUAUUGCUAUACAGGAGGCUUUAUUUUCAUAAAAGAUUGAAAAAAAGUAGAAGACUCCAAAGUAAGGUUAAAUAAAUAAACAGUAAGCGUUAUCCAUAUAGUGAUGCAUGUAUUUGCUGAGCAAAUGACAUUUUCUUAUUCAACAGCAUUAUAUAUAUAUAUAUAUAUUUCAAAGUUAAAGUCAAAAGAUGGCGAAGCACUGGAAACCAUUAGGCCUAACAUUUCCUAGAAGAAUCAUGUAAACUACAGAUGUUCACUUUUUUCUUUUCUUAUGUUCCUUUCGGUUGAUCACAGAUAUUAGGCCUAUUCAACAAUAUAUAUAUUGUUUCUUUUAAAAAGUUUGUCUUCGAUACAUCACCUUUUUAUUUGAUAAUCCAAGAUGUACAUAAGUUUACUGGUAGGUUAAGAUAAAGAUUUAAGAUUAAAUGAUAAUACUCUCAGACCGAUUAUCAAUUUCCUGAAGCUAUAUCGCGGUUAGAUCUUUAGUUUAUGUAGUUAGAGCCCCGAUAUUUAGACAUUUUUCUCAAGUCAAUCCAUUUUAUUGUAAUGUAAUCAUGUUUGCAGUUAGCUUGCCUACAUUUUCAAAGUUCCGGGGUCUUCUGUUUCUCUUAUAAUUCCACAUACAAAGUCUCAAACUAUUCCUUCAUACUGUUUCAAUGGUAUCUUUCUCACCUUUCUUACCAACGAAUUCAUUUGUUAAGAAAGAACUUUACACUCAAAAUCUUUUUUACAAUACAGUUUAUCUAUCCUCUCCAAAUAAUGAGAGAUCUCCAUACUCAAAAUCCUCUCGUAAAGCACUUUAUGUAUCUCUCCAAUGAGUUAGGAAUCCCCAUAAAUUCCUCUCCCAGUACAUCUUUUUAAACCUUUCCAGUUAUCAAUAGACCUACAUAUUCAAGAUCCUCUCUUAACGCCAUCUACUUAUCUUCUCCGAUUAGUGAAAUGUCUCUAUACUGGAAUUUUCCCCUCAGAACAGCAUAUCUAAAUCCUUUUGUAAUGUUCCAAAUCCCUCAGUUAAUUCUAAACAUCUCUCACGGAUAAUCGGGUUAAUCAUUUCUUAAGAACGUUUAUCCUGAUCAGCUGCUUUUUCAUCUGAUUGGAUCAUAAUCCACUCAAGUAAAUGUUUACUUAUUUAGUUGUGUUUUUGAAACAGAUAUCGAAACUCAAACUUCUCGUCUUGAUUAAUUUAGUUACUUCUUUUUAAGAGAGAGAGAAAAACUCAAGCUUCUCGUCUUGAUUAAUUUAGUUACUUCUUUUUAAAAGAGAGAGAAAAA